ACAGAGAAUCCAAAGAUGCAGAAAAUCAUAUUUGCUGUGAUUUUUGUCAUCUACAUCAUCACUGUGGUAGGAAAUGUGCUCAUUGUGGUCACCAUCACUGUCAGCCCAAUGUUGGGAUCCCCUAUGUACUUUUUCCUGGCAUAUCCGUCCUUUAUUGAUGCCUGUUAUUCCUCUGUCAAUACCCCAGAACUGAUCAUAGAUUCACUCCAUGAAAGGAAGACCAUCCUAUUCAAUGGAUGUAUGACCCAAGUCUUUGGAGAACAUUUCUUUGGAUGCAGAGGCAUCCUUCUUACUGUGAUGGCUUACGAUCGCUACGUAGCCAUCUGCAAGCCCUUGCACUACGCAAUCAUCAUGAACCGGAGAGUGUGUGGCCUGCUAGCGGGAAUAGUGUGGGUUGGAGGCUUUCUCCAUGCAACCAUACAGAUCCUCUUCACGUUUCGAUUACCUUUCUGUGGCCCUAACAUCAUAGAUCACUUUAUGUGUGAUCUGAACCCUUUGCUUGAUCUUGCCGUCACUGAUACACACAUUCUAGGGCUCUUCCUUGCUGCCAACAGUGGAUUCAUAUGCUUGUUAAACUUUCUCCUCUUGCUGGCCUCCUAUGUGGACCUGCACUCCCUAAGGACUCAUAGCUUGGAGGGCAGACGCAAAGCCCUCUCAACUUGUGUUUCACACAUCACAGUGGUCGUCUUAUUCUUUGUGCCAUGCAUAUUUGUGUACAUGAGACCUGCAGCUACUUUAUCUGUUCACAAAGCAGUUGCUGUAUUCUACUCUAUCAUAACUCCCAUGUUAAAUCCCUUAAUCUAUACCUUGAGAAAAGCCCAGAUGAAAAAUGCUAUUAGGAAACUAUGCAGCAAGAAAGCUAUUUCAGGGGACUAA